GGCCGCCGGCAGCCCACACCCCCCGCCGCCGCCGCCGCUAACUUUGCCUCUCGGCCAAGAGCCGCUCUCCGGCAGCCAGAGGGUCGGCGGAACGCCGGCGGUCCGGAACCGCUCCCCCCCGCCAUGAAGGGCCGCCGGCGGUGGCGGUGGCGGGGGGAGCACCGGCGCUUCGCCGCGGUGCUGGUGCUGUACACGCUGCUGCUGCUGCUGCUGGUGCCCUACGCGCUGGACUACGGGGCCCGGCGGGGGCGGGCGGACGAGGAGCCGCUGCUGCGGCGCUGCCCCAGCCUUGAGGAGGCGCUGAGCGAGUGGGGCUGGGAGCAGCGGCAGCCGUCGCUGGACGAGGAGGAGGAUGAGGAUGAGGAGGGCGGCGGCGCGGCGGGUAACGGCAGCGCGGCGGCGGCGGCGGGGGGGAAGCGGCACAUCUACCUGCACGCUACCUGGCGGACGGGCUCCUCCUUCCUGGGGGAGCUCUUCAACCAGCACCCCGACGUCUUCUACCUCUACGAGCCCAUGUGGCACCUGUGGCAGGCCCUCUACCCGGGGGACGCGCUCAGCCUGCAGGGCGCCCUGCGCGACAUGCUGCGCGCCCUCUUCCGAUGCGACUUCUCCGUCCUGCGCCUCUACGCCGCCCCGCCCGGCCCCCGCGACCCGCUGGCCCCCGCCCCGCCCGCCGCCCCCAACCUCACCACCGCCGGCAUCUUCGGCUGGCGGACCAACAAGGUGAUCUGCUCCCCCCCGCUCUGCCCCGCCGCUCCCCGGCCCCGCCGGGAGAUCGGCCUCGUCGACGGCGCCGCCUGCGAGGAGACGUGCCCGCCGCGGGGGCUGCGGGAGCUGGAGGCCGAGUGCCGCAAGUACCCGGUGGUGGUCAUCAAGGACGUGCGGCUGCUGGAGCUGGGCGCCCUCCUGCCGCUGCUGCGGGAGCCCGGCCUCAACCUGCGGGUGGUGCAGCUCUUCCGCGACCCCCGCGCCGUCCACAACUCCCGCCUGAAGGCCAGGCAGGCGCUGCUGCGGGAGAGCAUCCAGGUGCUGCGCAGCCGCCACCGCGCCGAGCCGCGGGGGCCGCCCCGCCACCAGCCUCCGCAGCAGCUCCUGCUGCCGCCCGGCCUGCUGGGGGGGGGCGGCGGGCGGGCGGCCCCCCCGCAGCACCGCGCCGAGUUCUUCCUCGGCGGCGCCCUGGAGGUCAUCUGCCAGGCCUGGCUCCGCGACCUGCUGCUGGCCCGCCGCGCCCCGGCCUGGCUCCGCCGCCGCUACACCCAGCUGCGCUACGAGGACCUGGUGCGGGAGCCCCGCGCCCAGCUGCGCCGCCUGCUCCGCUUCGCCGGCCUGCCGGUGCCGCCCGCCCUGGAGGCCUUCGUCCUCAACAUGACCCGCGGCGCCGCCUACUCCUCCGACCGGCCCUUCCUCAUCUCCCCCCGCGACGCGCGGGAGGCCAUCCACGCCUGGCGGGAGCGCCUCAGCCGGCAGCAGGUGCGGCAGGUGGAGGCCGCCUGCGGCGAGGCCAUGAGCCUCCUGGCCUACCCUCUCAGCGGCGGCGACGCCCGGUAGCGCCCCCGCCCCGCGGCCGGCGGGGAGAGACCGCCGCCGGGUGAGGGCCGGGACCGGCGGAGAGGGCGCGGGGCCGGGCGGGGAAUGCGCCUCGGACGGGCCCGAGGGCGGGCUGAUGGCCGGGCCCGGUUCCGUCAUGGCGGCCUGCCUGUCAUGGUGGCCUCUCAUGGCUGGAGGAUUGGCAAAGCCAAGCGCGGGGGUCCGCAGCUGGCAUGGCAGCUGCCGGGCGCUGGCCUCAGGGUAUAGGCAGUCCUGGCAGAAGCAAAGCCACCUCACCACGGGUACCGGCAGAACGGGCAGGGUCCAGUCGCCCCCGCUUCCCGCCAUUGGUCUCAGUGGGGUUGCGUUCCCUCCGGGAACCGUGGCCACCCCACCCCAGGGUGGGAAGAGAGAGAGCAUUUUAUUGAAGAGGAAGGUUUGGUAAGAGGCGUCCUCUGGGGUCAGCGUCAACCUCGCAGCCCUUUCAACAUGAAACCAUGACCAUGUGCAAAACACCGGCUGUUCUUUAAAAAAAAAAACUGCAUCGAAACUUAAAAAUCCCCCAAAUGAAGACUCUCAGCAAGGAACCAGAGGGCUUGAAGGGUGUCGCUGGGAGAGCAUCGCCUGUCCCAAGCGCCGAAGGACGCUGGGCUCUGUUGUAACACUACCGAAACGCCGACAAGGGGCUUCUAUGAAGUUGACAGCCAAGGUCAGCGCAGGCCUGGAGGGGCCGGAGCGUGCCGCCGCCAGGAGGGCUCAGCUGUCCUGCUGCCAGCUGGGUGGCCCUGGGGGGCUGGUGAUGCUCUGGGGAGGGGGGCACCGGCCGAGGGAAGGGGAACCGUGUCCAACUCCCUCCAUCGCUCGGAGCAGCGGGGGUAAGCAUUCACCUGCUUACGUGUUUCAAAGAUGUUUGUGGCAGAAAUCUUUGCUUUUUCUAAAGAAAGCUGUAAUUCUUUUUAAAGUAGGUUUUCUUUUAAUAUAUUGAUGUAGUCAGGUGGUGAUGCGGAUGUGAGAUGCAGGUGACUAACAUGUUUCUUGGGGACACGCGUAGAAGCGACUGUAACUGGAAGGCGAACACUCGGUAUUUCCAUUUUGUUUCCUCAGCCAGAUGAGAGAAUCACUUUUCUUCCCUGGCUUCCGGGCUGACACAUUGUGCCGUGCACAGGGUCCUCCUGGUCACAUCCCUUCCGAACAAUAACAUCCUCUCAGCUGGCAACUCUUGGACAAAAGCAAAUGUUUCCUGAUGAGGCUAAGACAAAUUAAUGGCGAAGUUCCCAAAUAAAAGCUUGUAUUUAAAAAAAAAAAAAAAAAAAGAAAAACUUAAGUUGCAUUUUGGAUUUUAAAAUUGCAUUUUCCUGUAGACAUCCUGCCACUUGUAUGAGAGGGGUGUGCGUGUGUGUGUGUAUGCGUACUUUUUUUUGUUUAUUUCUUAAUUUGGGGAUAGCAGGUUCUGUUGUAUUUUAGGGACGCACUAUUGUAAGUUCUUAGAGACUGCUUUUGAGCCCAUUACAGUCUGGCAGCAUUUAAAUGGCCCCACGAGAGCAUACAGGGUUAUAGGGAUGUUCACCUGCAGUCCUCAAAUACAAACUGAGAACAUGAACUUCAAAUUGAGGAUAAUCCAGGAUCAGGAAGAAAGCUAUAUUUAUAUAAAGUGCUGGAAAUAACAUAACGUCUUUGAACUGCCUUUAUCUUGGGGGAAACAUUUGAAUUGCAUUGUAGGUUUUCGUGCUCUGAAUAUCGUGCUGUGAAACAUGUCGGUGAGUUAGGAUGAACCUUCAUUUAUUUUAGCUCUUUUUCUUCCUUAACCCUCCCACCUGGGAGUACGUUGGCACAAGAAGCAGGUUUGUUUCAUUAUCUGACAGGAAAAUGCAGUCAUAUAAAUGUUUUUGAGUAAAUCUAUCCCUUUCACGGUAGCGUGCUUCAUACAAUUCUGCAUCCUUUGGUUUCUGCCUGAACUAAAAAUUACAGGGGCUCCGUUUGUGCUGGAACAACCUGUCGUAUUAUCUAAGGGAUGUUUCUGUAUUCUCUCACAGGCACCAUAAAGGCAAAAUUUGUCUCCGGGUGUUCUAGUGGCAUAUAAUAAUGUUAUUUGUAUAGGUGGACAAUACCUGUAUUAAAGCCUUGAUAACCUGUGUUGAGUAACCUCAUUUGGAAAGCUUUUGUGGGAAUACACCCGGCCUGGCCUGUACCGGCUUGCACAGGUUUGGGAAGAAAAUAAGACUUUCUGGCAUGCCAAAAGAUGAUACGGUACUUAUUUUCUUAUGUUGGAUGGGAGAUUAAAAUCCGGUAUAUCUUGUUGGUUUGUUUCUAUCAGGUUGCAGUCACAGAUUUUUACGCUGCAGUUGUUACGCAUUUGCUUCACUUUGACAGGGAGCCUCAUCUUGCUCUUUCGGGUGGUAAAUGUCUUUCAUAAGAAGUUUUCAGAAAUCCACGCUUAGUUUCACUUACACCAGUUCAUCAUGAUGAAGAAAGAAGUGUUGCCAUCCAGCUUAACUUGAUGCUUAUAGCUGGGAAGAAAUCCACUGAUUGAAAAUUAGUGUUUUCUGAAGCAGUUCCCGUGUUUGACAUCGACGCAUUUUCUGUAUCAAGACUUAGUUCUGUCAAUGGAAGUUGUCCACUAACACAAUUGCUCGUUAUUAGUGAUGAAUUCAAUGUUUUUUUCUCAUCAUAAGCUGUUCUUUUGUAGGUUUUUUUUGUAUACUGUGGAAAGGGCUCUGUUUGGCAAAGCGUAUAAAAUACAGCGAGUGCGAUUCCUGGUUUGCAUUCAGGUUGCCUGAGUUCAUUAGAAGACUCUAAAACAACCUGCAGGGAAUAUCCAAAACUGGAAAAGGACGGGAUCUUUGAGCAGGGCAUGCAAGAGCAUCUAAGACUGGAUGACAGUUGCUUAACGACGAUGUUGCGACGUGUGUGCUUCGGUCGCUAGAAGGCUUUCUAAAAUUCCCCUGCCUGAGGAGGAGAGCUAAGGCUCACCAACAAAUGCAUCCCAUAUUUCUCUUCAAGGUGUUUUGACGGUGUUGGAAAGCAUCGUUCCAGAUGCUUGCAGCAUAUCCUUGUCGGCCUUGUUAGGGAAAAAAAAAUGUACUGUCAAAUGUCAGUGCUGGUACUGACCUGAAAAGACGGGAAUGGGUCUGAUUAGGACAACCAGCGUGGCGGGAGUUUCACUGGCAGAGGUCUCUGGAAGUCAGUAGAACCUGCUGAAGGCAGGACGCCCGUGGUUAAACCGCAUUUUGAGAGCAGCUGGGCAUUUACGGGUCGGUCGCCAGCUUUUUUACUGUUACAGGGCUCAACUGAGAUUUUUGAACUGAAGUCCCAGUUCUACUGAAUGGUGUGGAAAACCGAACCGUAACUGCAUCUUUUAGAGCAGAGGAUGGCAUGAUAAGCGAGGGAACAAUAAACACUUUUUAUAGCUGAGCUGAAAUUGGCAGGCUUAGAAUCGGAGAGCAGGGCUGACCCGUGGAGUUCUAGUAGUUCAGACAGAGAUUUGGGAAAAAUACCUGCUUGUGCUACAUUACAUAUAACGAAUUAACAACUUUAAUACAUUAAAAAGUCAUAGUGGGGAAACUGGAAUACAGCUGACAAAAUGCUUACAAGACUUAUUUCUGUCAUCUGUUUUUACUUAACUUUUGGUCAUGUGUUUGCCUUAAGGGAGGUAGAAACUUGAGCACCAUAAUUGUAUAUAAAAGGCCGUGAUCCUUCCACGCCAGAAUUGUUAAUUGCUCUCUUACAACAUUCUACCUGUAUUUAAAUUGUUGCUUUUGGUGAGACAAUUGUAGCGACAUACUUGUGAGAAGUGUUUAAAGUCCCGGGUCAAGAAAUACUCAGCCCCUGCAUUACUUGCGCUCCCUACGACCUUACUGAUGGGAGUCCUUGCAGAUACCCGUGGUAUGUACUCGCAUACUUCGGAUGCAAUGUAAAUAGUUUAGUAGCUCUCCCAGUUGCAGCAUCAUCCGAAAUGUGCUCAACGGUCGAGAAGUUUCUUAUUUAACAGCUUCAGUAUCGCACUAGUCAUUUUAGUUCCCCCUUACCCCACCCCAUCAGUCUACACAUCAAAAAAAGUUCUGAGUUUUUACCUUAAGUAGAAUAUCACCUCAGUAUCACCGCUUACAGUAAACCUGACGAUAAAAAAACAGUGCAGAAUUUCUGGGGUCAUGAUGGUCAUGCCAUUAAACAACAUUUCAGUGAAGAACCAAGCUCCUGAAAGACCGUGAGUGCCAACAAGCCUGACAGCACCUCCUGUUCCUUUCUUGAACACGAAGAGUUGCCGCUGAGGCUCCCUUGAUUAUCUGGAGUACAGGGACGGUAGGAACGCUGCGUGUCGCUUCUCAGAAUCACCCCGCGAUCCAUGCAGCGCUGGGACUACCUUAGGUGUUGUUUGGCCAUUCCUAUUUACCUUGACGUGACACCUACCACCAUGGAGAAGGAUAUGGGAAAAAGAGGAUUGUCAAAGCAAACUUUGCACUAACAGAAGUUUUAAACGCCCUGCUGGCUGUGCGUGUGUGAGGGAGGGGCUGGGGGCUGGAUUGUCCUUCUCUUGGCUGCGAUUUGAAGAGGUGAUUAUUAAAUCCGAACUCAUUAAGGUGGUGGUUUUCAGCAGCUGAGGGGCCUGUUGCUUGUUGCCUGGCAGUGUCGGCAUCGGGCAAAUGGCUGGAAGCUGGUUAACAUUUUAGUGCGUGUCGUCUGUCUGGGUAUUGAGUCCCAGGAAACUCUUGCUUCCAGCACGGAGGCGUUAAGCUCUGCUGCCGACCCACAGCACCUGCAGCGCCAUUUCUUCAUGCUGGUAAAUGGGAAUCGGGUCUUCCUCCAGCGAUUCCAAAUUUGUCACCCUGUUUCCAGUCAUCGCCCAACUUUGCCAGACUUCCGCUGUACGUAGGCUGAAACUUUUCACCUUGGGCCUGAAGUUAAAAGUCUCUUUGGGGAACUUCAGUCAACACAGUGCGUGUUCUUUUGAACCCAGGGUUGGGACGUGGUGGUCUUUAGUCUAUGUUCAAAUAGUCUCAAAGCUGUUUCUUUGAAAUCAUCAGUCACUUCAGUGCUUUGGGGCAGGGGCUCCAAUUCGGGUAGGGGAAAUGAUCUCUGGGUAGAGGACGCCCCCCAUGUUUUGUUUUUACCUCUGCUUUCUAUUCUGAUUUGGCCAAAUAAUAUACUAAUGUUUGUAAAAAAAUUGGAUAGCAUGUGCUUAGUAAAAGUGGGUUUUGGUAUGUGUGUGUAUCUCUAUUUUAUACUGAAUAAAAUCUGCGUUGGUUUUAUCUCCAGUGAGCAUGCCCAAACCUCUUUCCCAUAGAAAAGCCCGGCGUGGUACAAGGCAUGCAGCAGUGGGAACCAAAGCCACGUAACUACGGCCGGGGCUGCGGCGCUGGGGCUGAGCAGGGAGGAGUCUGCCAUUCCUGCGCUCCCACUGAUGCCCUCUCCUCUAGCCCCUCUUUCCCUCUUGCUGAUAGUCCCAAGGAAGACUCCCUAAUCCAGCGUUCAGCCUUACAGUGCCUCAU